AUGUCUACUGACUUUGUUAAAUGCAAUCCCAACAAUGUUGAUUCACCAAGUGAUGUCCCUUCAGGAACUGAUAACGAAGUUUUAGAAGCGGAUCUUGAAGAAAAGCAGCGCCUGAUAAGUCAGAUUUUGGAGCUACAACAUACACUCGAGGAUUUAUCUACGCGAGUGGAUGCUGUGAAGGAAGAAAAUUUAAAAUUACGUUCAGAGAAUCAAAUCCUUGGCCAGUAUAUUGAAAAUAUGAUGGCAAAUUCAUCAGUUUUUCAAUCGACAUCACCACGUAUUGAUGGAAAUAGGUCACGUACAAAUAAAAAAGCUGAAAGAUGA